AUGGUGGUGCUGGCCUGUUCCUGCGUGGGAACUGCCUGUCACUUCCUGAGGCGUUCAAGAGAUCUGGUAGAUAGGGCUGAAAUCGUUGGGACGAUUCUUUGUGCGGCUGUGAAAAUUAGGGUGUUGUUACUAAGUGAAAAUAAGUCACAAAACUUCAUCUGUGAAUCGUGUCCUUGUGUUAAAGCAGUUGUGAAGAGAUCAGUUCCAGAUGUCUGUGCUACUUGCCACAUUCAUGCUACUUGUCAUCAAACAGAAGAAAGAAGUGUCUGUAUUUGUAACUAUGGAUUUGUGGGGAAUGGAAGAACCCAUUGUCAAGACAAAGAUGAAUGCCAGAUUGGAGCCACCAAGAUCUGUGGGAAUCAUACCCUGUGUCAUAACACACAUGGAAGUUUUUACUGUGUUUGUCUUGAUGGUUAUCGUGCCUCUAACAACAACAAGACAUUUAUUCCCAAUGAUGGAACAAACUGUACAGAUAUAGAUGAAUGUGAGGAAUCUGGGCUGUGUGGUCACAAUGCAAGAUGUGUGAAUACUGAAGGCAGCUACAAGUGUUUCUGCGUCGAUGGUUAUAAAUUAGAAAACGGAGAGCGUUCGUUCCAUCCAGAUGGAAAUAUGGUUUCAUGCAAAGAAAUCAGAUGUGGCUCCCCUCCUGAGAUGAAGCACGGCUACAUUCUAGGGAACUACAGCUUGGUACCAGGAAGUGUGGUUCAUUAUGAAUGUAAAGAAGGAUUUUACAGCGAAGAGGGGAAGUUUUCCUUUUGUACUUCAAAUGAAACUUGGGAACCUGCUACUUUAAACUGUAAAGGUGUGGAUUGUGGAGUUCCACCUUCUAUCGUAAAUGCACAUCCACCAUCCUUAAGUGGAACCACAUAUGGAAGUGAAGUUACUUACAAUUGUGUUCAUGGUUACUUUAUUGCAAGUGGCAAUCAAACUGCAGUUUGCAAUGCCAAAGGAGAGUGGGAUGGUACUGAUUUGGUGUGCAAAGAAAUAGAUUGUGGCAAACCUUUGUUGAUUCCACACACAGAAAUGGUCUGGGACAACUCUACCACUCUGUGGAGCAGAGUGUACUAUCAGUGUAAAGAAGGAUAUUAUUUCCAUGGAGACAGGAAUUUUUCAGAAUGCACAAUAGAUCGUGAGUGGGAAAAUAUUACAUACACAUGCAAAGAAGAAGAAUUACUCAGUAAUUUGUCCGUAUUCAAUGAAACCUGUUUGAAGUGGCAGAGGAAAACUGGAAGAUCUGGUGCGCAGGAAACAUACACAUUUCACAUACUGGGCCAAAGAUGGGAUGAGAAGACGUUCUCAGAGGUUGUGACACUUAACAUCACCACAAGUGAGGAUAAUCCGGAGGUCUGUUUAGAGCUCAACUCUGCCACUAACUACCUGGUGAAUAUUACUACGACCUCUUCCACGAACAUCACUGUCUCAGUUGCAGUAGCAGUUCAAACAAAAGUAAAGGAAGCUUUCAACAAUGUAUUAAUUUUUAAUGACACCUGCUUGAAAUGGCAGAGAAAGGUCAGGGGAGGUGCUCUGAAAGACAUAUAUUCAUUUCAUGUGCAAGGCCGGCGUUGGUAUCAGAAGGAGUUCUUUCAUGAAAUGACCUUCAACCUUACCACAUAUAAGCAGGCUCCAGAAGUUUGUUUUGAUUUGCACCCAGGCACAAAUUACUCUGUUAAUAUUUCCAUGGUAGCUUUGAAUUUUUCACUGCUGAUUUCCAUGACAACGCAAAUUACAGAUCCUCCCUUCCCAGAUGUAGAGUUUGUUACAGCAAAAGGUUCUGCGCCCAUGCUCAGACUCCGGAAAGCAGAUGAUCGAAAUGGCCCGAUCAGUUUUUAUCAGGUGAUUGUGCUUCCGCUGGGUUUGGAGAGCACUUUUAUUUGCGAUUCCUUUGCUGCUGCAACUUUCUUUAGCAACACCACUGACACUGAGGGAUAUGUGGCAGCUGAAUUUCUGGCCAAGGAUGUUGCUGAUAACAUGUCAAUCGCUCUCGGAGACAGACAUUACUACGGAAAGUUUUAUAAUGCUCCUUUAAAGCUGGGAAAAGAGUAUUCUGUUUUUUUGAGAAUAAUAAGCGAGUGGAAUAAGGUGAGAACACAGUCCUGUGCUGUUUGCGCACAAAUUAAAAAUUUAUCACCCACUCUGCAAUAUAUGACUGCUGUUGGAUUAGGGUCGGUUGCUGCUGUCUGCCUUAUAUUGUUCCUUUCUUUCUCAGCAGCACGCUCCUAUCUGCACAGCACAGUGAACUGCCCGCCUGCUGCUUUAGCCUGUGAGGCUGUACAUUUGUCUGCCACCACGGACAUGACCCGAGCAGGGAUCACCUCAUCAUUCCUAGAGAACGAAAAUGUCUCUCCUCUCUAAUGUGUUAUCCUCCCAAGUCAGCACAGAGAAAAUCCAGUCUCCUUACCAAAGCCAACGCAUGUCAGAUAUGGGUGGAUCUGCACAGCAUGCGUGUACUGCAGUAUGGGCAACGGAAGUGCAUUUGUUGCUAGCAGAGAGAUGUUUAUGUCUCCCCUUGUUUCCAGAUAUGAUGGUAUAUAAAGGAGAACAUUCCCUGACAAACAGGUGUUUAUCAGACAUCAGCAUGCAUCCUGUGUUUUGGCUGCAGGCUUUACUGUUCUAGUCACGGGGGCACCUGAUACGAGUGCCUGUAUUCCACUUCAUUCUGUAAAUAAUCCCUUGAUCGCGUUGAUAAUGUCUUACGAUCAACUGCUACUUUAGAUUCCUUAGGAGAUACAAACUGCCCAUUGUGAGAGAAAAUACAAUCACCCUGUUGUUAUAUGUGAAAAAUUCUUAUUGCAUGUCCCGUUAUAAAGGUAGAUAACUUUCUUCAGUCACUUAAGGGUAAUGCUACUUCAGUAAUGAGUAUAGAGUUGUUAGCCGUGAAACUGUCACAUUUAAAUAGUGUCACCAAUAGAUAUGUUCCACAUAUACUGCAAUCGUUGCUGAUAGCGAUUCGCAAUAAUUAUGAAUAAUAUAGCAAUCUGUAAAACUGCAGUUUUCCAAAAAGCUGAGGAGCUUUCAUGACUUGUGAAACCCUCUUAAAUAAGGAACUACCUGUCUUAAGUGCAGUUUUCUUAAUCUGUGCUAUAUAAUUAAAGCUGAGUAGAGCGUUGAAAAUC